UCAAGCAUCAUCGGUCGCUAAUACAUUGGAAAAUUUUUCGGAAAAUAAUAAAAAUCCGUUAACUUUUUGCUCAACAGCUUCAAUUCCUUCUGACUCUGAUGAAAUGGAUGGGAUGGAUAUGUUUUCUAUUGAUGACAAUGAUAAUGGCCAAGGCUCUAAUAAUGCCAAAAAUCCUCACAAAAAUAUUUUUCCUAGGUUUUUUCUUUUUAAUUUGAAAAUUUUUUUAUUCUUCAAGUGCUGGAUUAUCUUCUGAAUGGCCUAAAAAUCUGCCAGUAAAUACACCUCCAUCAGCUUGUGGAGAUUUUAGCGGUUAUCAAACUGCUUGGAAGGAUGGAAAUGACACAACGAAUAAAAAUGGUUUGUAAAAAUAUUUUUUAACCCUUUUAACAAAUUCGGGAGAUCCUUCUCUUCAUCGGAUCAUUUAUUAAUAUGAAUCAUUUGCCAGGAUUAUUGGAAACUGAGCCAUCAGUUUGUUCUUGUCUUUGUGGCAAAGACCACAUUCGAGUUUUGAAUGAACAGGAAAAGGAGAAUUUUGAUCUUCCUACUACGGUUUCAACUGAUUCGAACAAGAAGAGUGAUCAAAAGGUUUUUUUUAUUUUCUUAUCCUUUUUGAGGGAGUUUAACUUAUUUUAUGAAGAGGGACGCCUUAAAGAGAGGCAUUUAGCCAUUCUCCUUCCCCCUCCGUUAUAUGGUGUACGUCUUGAUUAUUAA